GAAACCCGUCCUCCCUUCUCUCCCGUGUUUCCUGACCCACACACACCAUGGGUUGGUAACAAACAUAAGGACAACCUAGGGCUUGAUUUGCUCUUUUGACAGUAGCCUUGUUUUUUCCCUUCCUGCUAGUACUUGGUACCAGUUGGAAGUGUAUAGGUUUUUUUUCCCUGUCACUUUAAGCAACAGGUGCCUUUUGGCUUCCUUGUAGGGGGCCCUGGCACAAAUCCAAGUUUUAUCGGGACUCCAACAGGAAAGGCACAGAGAGACAUUGUGGUGCUUUCGAUCGGAAAACUAUUCUGGACUGGGGAAUUGACUCUUGAGAUUGUGUUCAGCCUGUUAGUGCAUGAGAGAGAUGGAAGCGCGGUCCUCCACCACCACGACUACCAUAGUCGAGACCAAAAAUGACGUAAGUGCACAUCCCUUACGUUCAUCCAAGCGCACCAUGACCGAUGACCUGUACAGCACGUUCAGCUCACCCAUGGCCUGGAUCCUCGUGCUGGCUCUCGUCAUAACAUGGUCAGCCGUUGCCAUCAUCAUGUUUGACCUGCUCGACACCAAGGGUCUUGAAGCCCAUACAUUAUACUGUGACGACCCCUGUUUACCACCUGGACCUCAGCCACACCGUGUCAGGAAAACAUUAAAGGAAGCAGGCAGCCUUAGAGGGGGUAUUCACCACAUCAGCACUGAUCCAAUGAAGGCGGUGAACGAAGCAAUGGAUGACACUACCGAUUGGAUAACGUCAAUCUUGACUUUUAUGACUAAUUUGGUAGCACCAGAAGAAGAGGAGGAUGAAGGUGAUCGUCAUUUUGUGAAGAAAAAAGGAGAAUUCCUGCCACCAAGAAAAAAAGUUGCAGAGAUACGGGCCAAGGAGAUCUUAGAAGAGGAAGGGGAGUACGAGGAGGAAGAGGAGGAAGAUGAGAUGGCUAAUGACGAAGAGGUGGAGGAGGAAGAAGAAGAGGAUAAUGAAGAAGAAGAUGGUGAGGAGAUUGAGGAGGAAGAAGAAUCUGCUGAAGAAGAGGAAGAUGAAGAAGAGGAGGAAGCAGCAGAGGAGGCUGAAGAAAAGGAGAAAGAAGAAGCUGAUGCUGAGGAAGAGGUAGAUGAAGAGGAGGCAGCAGCAGAGGAGGAGGAGGAGGGAAAGGAUGAGGAGGCUGAAGAAAAGGACGAAGAGGAAGCUGAUGAUGAGGAGGAAGAGGAAGAUGAAGAGGAGGAAGCAGCAGCAGAGGAGCCUGACGAGGAAGAGGAAGGAAAAAAAGAGGAGGCUGAAGAAAAGGAGAAAGAGGAAGCUGAUGCUGAGGAGGAAGAUGAAGAGGAGGAAGCAGCAGCAGCAAAGGAGGCUGUGGAGGAAGAGGAGGAGGAGGGAAAAGAAGAUGAGGCUGAAGAAAAGGAGAAAGAGGAAGCUAAUGCUGAGGAGGAAGAUGAAGAUGAAGAGGAGGCUGCUGCUGCUUCUGCUGCUCCCGAAAAGGAAGAUGCUUCCAUCCCCGCCGAACCCGAUGAGGAGAAAGAUGAAGCUGCAGAACUUGUCACCUCUAAAGAAGCUGAGGCAGCUGAAGAUGAUGAGGAGGAGAAAGACAGAACUGAUGCAGAUAAAAAGGUUCCUACUACAUCACUAGAUGAUCAGGAUGAUGAAUCGAGCAAGGCAGAAGAGGAGGACGAAGAUGGCGCCAUAGAUGAUCUAAUAUCUGAUGCUGAAAUCCUCCCACCUUUGCCCACAGAAGAGCACGACGAUGAUGUUGAAGUUGUAGCUGAUGAUUCCUCCUCUAAAGAUAUCAAAGAAGCAGAAGAUGUUCUUGAGGGUGGGGAGGCUGGCCACGAAGAACCACCUCAGGAAGAAGAUGAUAAAGAAGAAUUAGCCAUUAAAUUGGCUCCUACUACAGACGAUGACAAUACUGAUGAUAACCAAAAAGAUGACCAAAGUGAGGAGAAAGAUGAUGACGAUGAUGUCCAGGAGGCUGAUAUCCCCAUUGUGCUUGGUAGCAUAGCAGAAGAUGGUGUUACAGUCACUGAUGUUGAAGCUCAGGAAAUUGGUGAGGAACCUAUACUUAAAGUUGAUGGUGAUGCAGAGAUAUUAACACCCAUAGAGGAGAGUGCUGCUAAAGCUGACGACGCUGUAGCUGAUAGAGCUGACUCACAAGAUGGCUUAAGCGCUACUGAUAUCCCAUCUGAUGACCAUGAUGAUAAGAUAGCUAAAGAACUAGCUGACAAUCAAGGUGAGGGUGUAAAAGACAGUCUUAAAGAUGAGACUGGUGUUGGGCUGAAAGACGCUGACUCUGAAAAAGAUAUAACAAGUGAAGGUGAGGGUGUUACUGAGGAGCCUGAGCUAGCUGAUGAUGUUGCAGAUAAGGAGGAGCAGGAGGCAGAGGGAAAAGAGGAGGGAGAUGAACAGAUAAGUGGGGAGGAUGAUGAUGGUAUUAUAGUAACAGCACCUGUAGUUAGUUCCGAACCAGGUGGAGAUGAGACAACAGUGGUGGCUGAUGAAGAUGAUGGCUCUUCACCUGAGAAAGCUUCUGACGCCAAAGAGGAUGUGGACAUGGAAGAAACAGUUCAAGGCAUAACAACCCUGCAAGAAGAGGAAAAAGAUGAAAAGGAAGAAAGUGCAGAGGAAAAAGCACUAGAACCAGAACCGGUCCCUAAAGCUGAAGAAGUGAAGGAAAAAGAAGCAGAGAAACCGGUGGCAAAGACUGAAAAAGAAGACAAACAAAAAGAGCCCUCUACAUGUCCUUGUAUGCAUUCAGUAAUACAUAAAGAUCCUCAAAAAGCCCAAGACACUAAACCAAAGGAAGAAAAAGCUGAACCUGAUAAAGUGAAGAAAAGAGAAGUCGAGACCAAGAGAAAGGAGCCCCUGCUUAAACAGAGAAAAGAAAGAGAGGCUCCAAGAACAAGACUAGAGAAAGCAAAGAAAGCUCCAAAAGCAAAGGCAGUGGCUGACAGCAAACUCAAAAAGAGAAGAUCUAGAGCCUCAAAGGACGUGGAAGUGUCAGCUGCUCCAGCUCCGAUACAGGAGCUUCCUAUGUGCCGACCAACACCUGUGUAUUGCCCAGCGCCCCCUGGCUGGUAUGUGCAUCAUAUAGUUACAAGUAGCCCAUUACCACCAUCGGCUUUUCCAGAAUCAGAAGUUCCUAUUUUAACAACUCAUCAAGCUCCUACUGUAAUGAAAGAACCGGAAGCUACAAAGGCAAAACCAAAAAAAUACUCUCAAAAGAAAGAACCAGCUGCACCAAAAGAAAAAGCCAAAGCAACUUCUGCGAAGAAGGAGGCCACGGUUACUAAAGACAACGUAAAACCUUCAAUGACAAAGAAAAGGCCAACAGUUGUGAAGGAGAAGCCUAAAAGGACAGAGCGAGUGAUCACAAAAGAAAAGGCAAAACCUACCUCUACUAAGAAAGAGCCAGCAGUAACAAAGAAGGCAAAAGUAACAACAACCAAAUACAAAGAAGAGAAAGCUGUAAAGCAAGUGAAGCCCACUGCAGAGGUCAAGAAGAAGGCCACAUCAACACCAAAAGCCAAACAAGCCAUUAAAGAAGUUGUUGUGGGAAAACCUGUUCCAGCCGAGAAGAAACCAUCUGAAGAAACCCAAGACAAACCAGCUGAGGCAACAGCACCAGCACCAGCAAAAGAGCUGAAAGUGGAGGAAAAUGUCACGGAGGGCAAAAAGCCAGGCAAGAUACCAUACUUCCAGUGCGUUUUAAUGAGCACAAAAUCCAGCCAAUAUCCACUACGACCCAUGUCCCCUGCUAUGAGUCCAGCUAUUAACCCCAACAUGAUGAGAGCCAUGAUGGAGCAGAGGGCCGCGUUACUGCAGCAGAAAGCCCGUGCAGCUGGACAGUAACAGUCCGGCUCUGGCGGGUGUAAACUGCUUAUGAACCGCUGUAAAAACACAGUGCUGCUGAGCUCUCAAGAGCUAUUCACCUAAACCAUCACAGAGACUAAAUAACAAAUGGAGGUCACUGGUUGUUCAAUGGACGCUCUCCAUUCCUCCAUAAGUGGCUUUUGAAUCUAAUCACAAUUUCACAAUUUUGACAAAAAUGAAUAUGCAAUUACUUCAAAGAAAUAUAAAUAAAUUAUAAUGUACGUUUUGAAGUAUAUUUAAUGUAUAAGCGCCUGUCAAAGAAAUGUUACAUUUUUUUAUUUUUUUAUUUGAGAUCUUAAAACAUCUGUUUACAUUUGUUGCAGGGAAGAUUCUGCUGGGGUUUUUUUUUUCACAUUGUACAUAAGACUAC